AUGUCGACCACUGCAAGGCGUUACUUUAGAGUCACAGUACCAAAAGGAUCGUUAUUAGACUUCUUCAAAAGAGGAUCUAAUCCCACAGAGGUAGUGAAACCACGCCACAAGAAGUCAACUGAGCAACUAAUUGAAAAGAUUGAAGAGAACCAAGGGGAACCAUCAUCAAGCUCAAAGUCUACCUUUAUACCUAUCAUUGGAAAGGACAGUCUUUCCGGUAGUAAAUCGGGUAAGGAACUUAAUGACUUUCAAAUACAUCGCUGGAUUCCUCGUCGCUCGAUUUAUUCUAAGAAGCUAGCAGCUAGCUUCCAAUACCAAACGGCUAUCAACGUUGUUUUGGAUUCCACUUACACUCACGUUACAAGGCGCUCUAUUGAUGAGGCAGCAGAAUUAAGUGAUAUCCAAGAACGUUUCAAGCUAAUCAAAAAGGUACAAAUCAACUUUGGUUUGAUUAUCUCCGACGUUGAGCUCACUCGUGUCCAUACUUUAGGACAACUCAGAAAUCUAUUGUUUGAGAAGUUGGAUCCCUCUUUGAAGGUUGUGGAUGAACAACUGCCAAAUGCCAUCUAUGUGGACUCUACUGCUUAUACGAGUACAAAUGUUUCGGUCGGAGAAUUUUUGGGAUCCAAACAGAAGCAGGUAAAGUUCAAUGAACUACUGAAGAGAGUUAAGAAAGUUGAAAAGGGGACUAAGGUGGGUGGAACGUGA